AUGAGCUCCUGCCACCUGCCCUUACCGAUGCAGCCGCGCCACCUAGAGGUGGAAGGCGAGAUAGGACGAGGGGCCACAGAAAGGACGGGGAAGGAACUGCAGGGGUUGACGGGAGGGAAGCCAGUCACGGGAAGGGCGGCGAGCCGACAGAGGGGAGCCGGAAGAGCUGUCGAGGGCAGUGCCGGUAGGAGAAUUCCCGCUGAAGAAAAGAGCUCAGGAUCCAUGCUCUACAGAGAUCCGUGCUCUACAGAGCACGGGCCCGCAGAGGGGGGAGGGAGAGGAGAGGCCUUCGGCUGCCAUCAACAGGGAGGCCCCAGGCAGCAGGCUCGUGCGCCCGCCGCCUGUCAUCACGGAACCAGCGCUUCUGCCCAGGCCCCGAGCUCGGCCCACCAGGACGCGGACCGAGAGGCACCGCCCGAGGCCCGGGGUGCGGCCCGCGGCGGUUGCUCCUGCGCCUGUGGCUCUGGUCCCAGGCCUGGUCAGGAAGGGAGGCCUCUCUCAACACACCGGCUGGCGCCUGCCGGUCGGGCUGCCAGGGGAAACGCGCGCCCAGUGUGCCGGGCGCUGUGCAUGCUCAUCGCGCGCGAUAGGAUGUCCAGCGGCCGCACCCGGGGACGCUGUAAACGACAGCGGCCGGCGGCGGCAGGGGGCAGGGGGCAGGGGGCAGGCGCCGGGGGCCCCAAGCGUCUCCAGGCUCCUUCAGAGCUGGCUCUGCGGGCAGAGUCUCCGUCACCGUCAGCUGGCCAUUUCAGGUGGACUUUGUCACUCACAUGGUUCUUCCUGGAAUUGUUGGAGAAGGCCAAGCAAGCCCUGUUUAUUUUGUUUGUGUUUUAA